AUGGCGAGACAAACAAAUAGUUCACAGAGUGGACACCAAGAUUUAAAGAGAGUAUUGACUGAUAUGCUUGAAGGAGUGGUUCUUCCCGACGUGUCUGGAAUCCAUGAGGAAUGCAUUUAUAUAGUUUCACCAGAAAUUCGCCAAACUAAUCCCCAAGCCUAUACUCCUCGAGUUGUUUCCAUUGGUCCUUUUCACAAACCACAUUGCCCUGGCGGUAACAAUAUUUUUGUUCCAACGGAACAACUCAAACUGCAAUAUCUCUUGGCAUUUCUAACUCGAACCCAGCUAUGUGUGGGGGAUUUUGUUCUCAAACUCAAAGAGUGGGAAAAUGGAAUUCGAAAUUGUUAUGCAGAGACUAUUAACUAUGAAAGCAAUGAUUUCCUAAAGAUGAUUCUAAUUGAUGCUUGCUUCAUAGUUGAGCUUUUUCUUAGACAUUCUGGAGAUGAAGAUUGGACGGAAAAAGACCCUAUAUGGUCAAGAGAAAGGUUUCGAAGUGAUAUUGAGGAGGACUUGAUACUACUUGAAAAUCAGCUUCCUUUCUUUGUUCUUGAAAACAUAUACGAACUUGCUGGUAUGACUAGUCGCUCCUUUCUUAAGAUUACUUGCGACUAUUUCACUGAAUUCCACCACAAGAACAUGGAUCCCGAAAGAAGGCGUCCAAAACACUUCACUGAUCUUCUAAGAAAUUCUAUGAUACCACAAUCAUCUUCUCUUGGAACAGCAGCAUUGGAAGGGCGUGGUUAUGUUAGACAUCUAUAUAGUGCAAGCCAAUUAUUAGAAGCAGGUUUGGUAUUCAAAGUCAGCCAAAGCAAAUACGAACUUGACUUAAAAUAUCAUGAGGGUGUGUUGGCAAUGCCACCCUUUAUUGUACAUGACGGUACAGAACGAUACAUCAGGAAUCUAAUAGCAUUUGAGGAUUGUCGCCUUUCUUCGCAUUCAUGCUACAUUUCUCAGUACUUCAAGAUCCUAGAUUUUCUUAUCAAUACAGAGAAAGAUGUGAACAUACUAGUUGAUAAGAAGAUUAUUGUCAAUUUCAUGGGUGAUGCUAAGUCAGUGGCUGCAAUGGUUAAAAAUCUAGGCAAAAAUGCUUUCAUGCCAAGGUUCAAUCAAGAGUAUCUCUCUCUCUGCAGCAGCUUGAAUGAAUUUUAUGAAAACCCACGCAACAAAUACAAGGCAAUCUUUGUACAUGAGUACUUCAGCACUCCUUGGAAAAUAGCAUCUACCAUUGCUGCAAUUGUGCUACUUCUGCUCACCCUGAUUCAGACUAUAUGUUCAGUCAUCUCAUCAUUUUAA